AUGAUCCCAAUGGAGAAUAAUACAGAGGUGACUGAGUUCAUUCUUUUGGGAUUAAGUGAUGACCCAGAACUGCAGAUUCUGCUCUUCAUAAUCUUUUUUCUCAUCUAUCUCAUCACUGUGGUUGGGAAUCUGGGGUUGAUUGUGUUAAUCCUGCUUGACUCUCAUCUCCACAAUCCCAUGUACCUUUUUCUCAGUAACCUCUCUCUGGUGGACUUUGGUUAUUCCUCAGCUGUCACUCCCAGGGUGAUGUCAGGGUUCCUCACAGGAGAGAUCAUUAUUUCCUUCAAUGACUGUGCCACCCAGUUCUUCUUUUUUAUAGGCUUUAUCACAGCAGAGUGUUUUCUCUUGGCCUCAAUGGCUUAUGACCGCUACGCAGCAGUGUGUAAACCUCUACAUUAUACCACAACAAUGACCACAGGUGUGUGUGCACGUCUGGUCAUAGGCUCCUAUAUCUGUGGUUUCCUGAAUGCUUCCAUCCACACUGGGAAUAUUUUCAGUCUCUCUUUCUGUUGGUCCAAUGUAGUUGAUCACUUUUUCUGUGAUGCUCCUCCUCUCCUGGCUCUCUUGUGCUCUGAAAACCACAUCAGUGAGCUGGUUAUUUUUUGUGUGAUUGGUUUCAAUUCCCUAUCUUCUAUCACAGUCAUCUCCAUCUCCUACCUGUUUAUAUUUAUCACCAUCCUGAGGAUGCACUCAUCUGAAGGACGCCAGAAGGCUUUUUCCACUUGCGCUUCCCACUUCACUACAGUCUCCAUCUUAUAUGGGACAGGGCUGUUCAUGUACUUACAGCCAAGUUCCAGUCAUUCAAUGGACACAGACAAAAUGGCAUCCGUGUUCUAUGCUAUGGUAAUACCCAUGCUGAAUCCUCUAAUCUAUAGCCUAAGGAACAAGGAGGUCAAAAGAGCCUUUAAGAAAGCUGUUGGGAAUGCAACUUCUUAUAAAGGAUUCAUAUUUUAG